AUGAAAUUAUUAGUUAUUUUAAUUAUUUUAUUUGUUGCUACAGGUUUUUCAUCCUCCUUAUCGUCGUCGUCGUCAUCAUCAUCAUCAUCAUCCCCAUCCAAAUAUAUUUAUUCCGAAACUUAUCAACCCACAGACACAACAUGCACAAAUUCGGUAGUAUCCAGUGAAUUCGCUUUAGAUGGAUUAUGCGAAUAUGGUAGUUUAUCAAGAUGUAUAAAUGGCAACCAAGCAGUUGAAAUUACCUACUACUCUGAAAUGAACUGUACCGGAGAACCAUUCGAUAAAAUUUCUAUUCCAGUCGACAGCUGUAUUGAAGGCUUCCCAGGUAAAUUAUAUUGUGUUGAUGAAAUCAAUAUUCCAACAUCAAAUGCCCUCUUGACUAUAUUUUCAGAAACUUGUGAUUGGAAGGAAACACUUGAAUCUUUUCAAAUUAGAACUAUGAACACUUGUUUUGAUUUUAAUAACCAAAUGCUUUAUUUCACUUGUAAUGCCACAAACUUGGUCGAAGAAGUCUAUCCAUCUGGCUCUUCAUGUUCUGGUUCCCCAAUUUCCCAAACAGCCGGUUUCAUCCCACAAAAUUGUAAUGAUGUUAUGACUGGUAAUAAUGUUACAUAUAUUUGCGUUUAA